UCCUGGUGGCUGUUGAAAUUUCUCCACUUCAUGAAUUGUCGACCGAUUAUCACUUUAGUAAUGGUCCUUAGACGUGCGAUUGAUGAUCGUUUGGUGGAAUCGUUUCUUAUCUCCUAGUUCUGUUCAACUAUAGCCUUACGAAAAAGAACGGAGAAAUGGGACAAGCGUUGGGAUGUAUUCAGGUGGACCAGUCAACUGUAGCUAUCAAGGAAACUUUUGGCAAGUUUGAUGAUGUACUAGAGCCUGGAUGCCACUGUUUGCCCUGGUGCUUGGGGAGCCAGGUGGCUGGGCACCUCUCUUUACGUGUACAGCAGCUGGAUGUCCGGUGCGAAACAAAGACAAAGGAUAAUGUCUUCGUCACUGUGGUUGCUUCCAUCCAAUAUCGAGCACUGGCAGAAAAGGCGUCUGAUGCUUUCUAUAGGCUCAGCAACACCAGGGCGCAGAUUCAAGCCUAUGUCUUUGAUGUCAUUCGUGCAAGUGUUCCCAAGUUGGAACUUGAUUCGACAUUUGAACAGAAGAAUGACAUAGCAAAAGCUGUAGAGGAUGAACUUGAGAAGGCUAUGUCAGCUUAUGGAUAUGAGAUUGUUCAGACUCUCAUUGUAGAUAUCGAACCAGAUGUGCAUGUGAAGCGAGCAAUGAAUGAGAUAAAUGCAGCUGCGCGGUUGAGAGUGGCUGCAAACGAGAAAGCUGAAGCAGAGAAGAUUCUGCAGAUCAAGCGAGCUGAGGGAGAUGCAGAGUCCAAAUACUUGGCUGGACUCGGGAUAGCGAGGCAGAGGCAGGCUAUCGUGGAUGGGCUGAGGGACAGCGUGCUGGCUUUCUCCGAGAAUGUUCCUGGAACAACUUCAAAGGAUGUCAUGGAUAUGGUCCUGGUCACCCAAUACUUUGACACUAUGAAGGAAAUCGGUGCAUCCUCGAAAUCCAGCACUGUUUUCGUCCCACAUGGUCCCGGUGCUGUGAGGGACGUCGCGUCCCAGAUCAGGGAGGGUCUCCUUCAGGCGCAUGCCACGCAGUAAGUCGAGUAUAUAAAUGGGGCCGUGGUUUCACUUUCACCGAGCUGUUAUAUGAUGGUAAAUGAGCGCUUGGUGAUAUAUUUUCUUUGCACUUUGUUCUUCGUCCGUUUCCUUCUGUUUUUACCUGUCAAACUCAAAUAGACGUGAACUGUCAUUUAAAUAAGGAGUUUCAGGAUGUUGAUACUGGUGAA